GGAAUCCAACCUGAAGCUUUGUAUCGAUGAGAUUGAGAAGCGCGGAUACGCUGUGGAGUGUAUUUUGCUAGAUGCAGAGUGGUUCGGGUUGCCCCAGAGCCGCCGGCGUGUCUACUUUGUUUGCUUGGAUUUGCGAAACCAAGACAUCGCUGUGAGUGCGGCAAGCUUCUUUGAAGAUGUGAAAACGCUGAUUCGCCAGAUGUACUUGGAAGAGAACUUUCUGUUGCCAGAUGAUGACCCAGCCUUAGCAGCACACUUUGAGUUUCUCUCCGACAGAGACGACGUAGCGGACUCUGACGGUGGAUGGACAUCUUUGCAUAUGUCGGUUGCAGAGAAAAGAGGCAUCCCAUGGCCGCUCCAAAUUCCAAAGGCAGUGCAAGCAUCCAAAUGGUUCCCGCUCUUGACGAAGAGGGCUCGGGAGGUGGUGGGAUUUGCUGCCGAUGACAAGUACAGAAUGAAGAAGAAGGUGUCCGUUGCGGAUGUGUACCACUCCGCAAACCGUUACUCAACAGGAACCCGUUCAUUGCCGGUGAUCCUUCCAAGGAGCAUAGCCUGGUCCUUUGCAAAGCAAAGGCCACUCUUGGGAAGGGAGCUGUUGAGAUGCCAGGGACAUUCAUAUGAUCAUGACUUUCUGUCCAGCUUCACGGAAUCCCAGCUUGGGAAUUUGGCUGGCAACGCGUUUGCGGGAAACGUGAUUGUUGCAGUGGUGCUGGCGGUGAUGCGCAGCCUGCGAUACAGCAGCGAGUCAGAGAUGUCUGAAGCAGAGGAUAUUAGACAAACGGUCCAGUCUCUCACAGAGGACCUUCCUUCACGGCCCUAA